GAGUCUCUCACGACAUACCCUUUGGUGUUUGGGAUUAAUCUCGAUAACGAGGCGGCCACAAGGCGUCUACACUACUUGGUGGAUGGCAGCUACAUUGACAAUGGCACGCGCAGCGUUGAUGUCAACUUUAUAACCUUCAAUGGCGAGACGCUCACUUUUGUGCUCACAACUGUGAGUUGCAAGGUGAACGGGGGGGGCAGCAUGGCAGUCACCUUCAAGUCCCAGCCGGCAGCCAUGGCGAUGUACGAUGCAUCGGUGGACAACAUCGCACGGCUGGUGCUGGAGAUAGUUUACUUGGUGGGGCUGCUCUGGAAUGUGUGUGGCGAGCUGCAGGAGAUGGCAGACCGUGCUGCCAAGGAUGGCUCAGUUCUGAGCUACUUUGAGCAAGCAUGGAACUGGGUCGACAUGCUCUCCCUCUCGCUGCAGGCGGCUGCGGUUAUUAUCUGGGUGGUGCUGUGGCGGUAUGUGGAAGCAUUUGAUAUGCAGCCACGCUACAACGUCUACUACUCGCUGUUUGAGAUGCCGCGCUACUGGGCCGUGCCCAACCCGCCCACGGGCUUCAUUGGCGCCACUCAGGCCUUCGCUGAGCUUCGCAACAUCAUCAACCUCCGCGCCGUCUACUUCGCCCUCCAGGGCAUCAAUGUAUUCUUCAUGAUGAUUCGCCUACUCAAGGUCAUGGACUUCCAGCCUUACCUUGGCGUCAUCACGCGCUCCCUCGGCCUCGCCACGCCCUCGCUGAUGCACUUCUUCCUGCUCUCCUUUACGGUCUUCUUCUGCUUCAGCAUGUAUGGCUACCUCGUCUUCGGAGGCGCAAUGGAGCUGUUCUCCACCGUACUCAACUCCAUGUUCUCGUUGUUCCUGCUGCUCAUCAACGACAACGGCUCCGCCUACUUCUUGAUGCGCCUAGAGUCGUGGGACCUCAUUGCCGCGAUGCUCUUCUUCUUCAUGUUCAUCGUCUUCAUGGUCUUCAUCCUCCUCAACUUCCUCAUCGCCAUCAUCGUUGAUGCCUUCAUGAGCGUCAAGGACAGCGACGUUGUUGCUACCUCCAUAGCCGCUGACCUCGCCCACAUAUUUAAGUACAAGUGGAACUGCUGGCGCGGCCGCUACCUGCCGUACCGUGUCAUUCUCGACCGACUUGUGGACUUGGGGGCCAAGGACACACGCAUUAAGGAGGAGAACCCUCGGAUGCGCCGCUUCAAGUCCAUCAAACGGCGGGUAGCCUCAAUGUUCUCCGGCGCGAGAGGCAGCGCCCACAAGGCGUCGCACUUCGCCCGGUCAGAAAACCAACCCGCCUUCCCCUCCGCCGCUAGUGACUCGCGGGUGCGGAAGCAGCACGUGCUGACAGUGAGGGAGAAGCGCAUCGACGUCAUCUCGCUUGCCAUGAUCCUGCAGCGCCGCCAGGACGAGGCGGCAAGGAGGGCCCGCCAGUCUUCCUCAUCCAAGGCGGCACCGUGUUUCUCCUCGUCCCAGUGUGAGAACGGAGCAGUGUGCGGGCCUGCCACCUGGACGCCGGACGAGGAGGGGCUGGAGCAGCUGUCGCAGGCGGUGGUGCUGCAGUGCGGCGAGGGGCUGCGUGCAGAAGCUCAGCCUGGCCCACGUGCAGGUGCGUGGGAGGAACAGGGCGUGGAGGGGCAAGGGGCUGUGUGCCGAGGGCUGUGUGCGGAGGGCUGUGUGCACAAGCUCGGCCUGGCGUGCAGGUGCGGAGGGCUGUGUGCACAAGCUCGGCCUGGCGUGCAGGUGCGGAGGGCUGUGUGCACAAGCUCGGCCUGGCGUGCAGGUGCGGAGGGCUGUGUGCACAAGCUCGGCCUGGCGUGCAGGUGCGGAGGGCUGUGUGCACAAGCUCGGCCUGGCGUGCAGGUGCGGAGGGCUGUGUGCACAAGCUCGGCCUGGCGUGCAGGUGCGUGGGGGUGGGGGGAGGACGGGCCUGUUUGGAUACAGGUGGGGCGGGAAGUGCGUAAAAUCAAUGGAGGGAGGGGGAAAUGCUGGAGCUAG